AUGAUUGAGGAGGAAAAGUUCUAUGAAACGCUCAUACUGCUCGAGUUCGAACGUUCAUACGAGCUUCUUAGACAUAGCUGGCAGGUUAUGACCGAAGCCUUACUUGUUUUUUUACUUAUUUUGAAAGCAAAGUAUUUAUUCAUUUCAAUUCUUAAUUCAACUACACUAAAGCGAAACCUUGCAAACAGUUUAUAUAAAAAUGUAUUGGAAGUUAAAAAUUUUCUUAUUUACAUAUUUUUAGGUGGUGGCGCCAUCGAAAUGGAACUGUCCAAAAUCCUGCGGGAAUAUUCUCGAACCAUCGCUGGAAAGGAGCAACUGCUGAUCGCCGCCAUUGCUAAAGCUCUGGAGAUUAUUCCACGUCAGCUGUGCGACAAUGCUGGUUUUGACGCCACCAAUAUACUGAAUAAGCUGCGACAAAAACAUGCCCAAGGCGGUCAGUGGUUUGGCGUCGAUAUCACCAAGGAGCAUAUUGCCGACAAUUUCGACCAGUGCGUAUGGGAGCCUUCGAUUAUCAAGAUCAAUGCUUUAACUGCCGCUGCCGAGGCUGCCUGCAUGAUACUCUCCGUCGAUGAAACCAUUAAAAGCCCCAACGCUGGCAAUCAGCAGAUGCCUAUGGCUGGCGGCAUGGGACGCGGCAUGGGAAGACCCAUGUAAGCUCAGUGUGUUCGCAUUUAAAUAAUUUUGUAACUUCAUCAUAGAAUCACAUCAAAAAUCAUUAACGCCAGGAGCUGAACUCACAUGCUCACUGUUUCUGCAGUAAAACUUUAAGUUUCUUUAUUAAAAUAUGGUAAUAAAAUGCUAGUUACUAACUUCCAAUAAACUGUAUUGUAAUUGUUUCUCUGAAAAUUUUGAAAUGUACUUGCAAUUCAUUACUUGUUUGCAUACCAAUUUUUUUUAAAGCAUUUGAAGCUUUUACCUAACAAUUUAUAAUAUGAAAUGGCCUUUAUUAAAUAAAAAUAAAACUCAUAAAGAAAAA